AUUCAUUAUUAACACAUUUGCUUUUGUCACGUAGAUAACAUUUAAACCAAAUGCGGCAGACCACAAUUUGAUUAAAAUCUGAUUUGUUCGAGUUUUUUGUAAUCGCUGAGAGAAGGCAAACAACAAGCAAGAUGGUGCAUCUUAACCUGAAGAUUCACAUCAAGCAGUCGAGUAUGACAAGAACGAUGCAAUUCGACCCUGCCUGUAUUGUAUACGACGCUUGUCGUAUUAUCCGAGAAAAGUCGCCGGAGGCACAAGUAGGCCAAGCUCAAGAUUACAGCCUUUUUCUGGCUGACAAAGAUCCAAAAAAGGGAGUUUGGCUUGAAUCGAGACGACCACUAGAGUACUACCUUUUAAGAGAUGGAGAUAUACUGGAAUACAAACAAAAACAAAGACCACUUAAAGUGCGAACACUAGAUGCUUCUAUCAAGACUGUCAUGAUUGAUGACAGCAACACUGUAGAUCAACUUAUGAUCACAAUUUGUACAAGACUUGGUAUUGUGAACCAUGAGGAAUAUUCCUUGGUGCGUGACACAAUUGUGGAUGAAGCGCCUCUACAGAAGAAGGACACUGGAACUUUACUACGCCCUGGUACUACAGACCGAAAAUUUGAAACUUUAAAAAAGAAGCUUCACACAGAUGACGAGUUAAACUGGCUGAGCCAUGGACAAACGUUACGUGAGCAAGGAGUGGAAGAGUUUGAAACCCUCGUGUUGAGGAGGAAGUAUUUUUAUUCAGAUCAAAACGUUGAUUCUCGAGAUCCCAUUCAACUCAAUUUACUUUAUGUCCAGUCAAGAGAUGGAAUCUUGAAAGGUCAAUAUCCGGUAAGUGAAAAAGAUGCCACAACCUUUGCUGCCAUCCAGUGUCAAAUUCAGCUUGGAAACCAUGAUGAAAAGAAACAUAAACCUGGAUAUAUAGAGCUAAAGGACUUCCUACCAAAAGAAUAUGUGAAGAGUCGUGGAAUUGAAAAAAAGAUAUUUGCCGAACAUAAAGCAUUUGAAUCAUUGAAUGAAAUUGAAGCGAAAGUAAAAUAUACAAAGAACUGCAGAGCUCUUAAAACCUAUGGGGUCACAUUUUUCUUAGUUAAGGAAAAAAUGAAAGGCCGAAACAAGCUGGUUCCACGUUUGAUGGGAGUCACCAGGGAGUCUGUAAUGAGAGUGGAUGAGAAAACCAAAGACAUGUUAAAAGUAUGGCCACUUACAUCAGUUAAAAGAUGGGCUGCUUCACCAAAAUCUUUCACUCUGGACUUUGGAGAUUACCAGGAUGGAUACUACAGCGUACAAACCACUGAAGGUGAACAGAUAGCUCAGCUCAUAGCUGGAUACAUUGACAUUAUUCUAAAAAAGAGGCAAGCAAAGGACAACUAUGGACCAGAUGCGGAUGAAGACGCAGCCAUGGUGGAAGAUGUUGUUUCCCCUCACAGGGCUCAGUUGGUUGCCAUGCACGGUGGAUCAGCAGGUUCCUUCCACUCUGGCUCUGUAGCGAUGCCAGGAGUUAUCCGGAACUCCUCUGCACGACCCGACAGUUACUCCAUGGGAGCUAUGCAGCCACCAACACAAGUCACCACACACCAAAACUUAUCUUUUGGUGGCCAACCACUGACAGCAGCACAGCAGGCAUUCAUGGGCAAUAUAGAGCACGGGUUCAAUGCAUGUCGUGCUGCACAUGAAGGCUUCAACAACAAAGCAAAUCUUCCACCACUUGGUUCAGACGCUGCAUCCAAACAAUGGAAGUUAAACGCAUUGGAAGAAAAUCGACACAACAUUCAAUCAAACCUUGCAGCCAUCGAUGCAGCAACAGCCACUGUCAUCACAAAAACAUCUGGUGAUCGUGAGGGUACAAAUUACACCACUGUAGGUUCUGCAAUCACAACUAUCUCAUCCAACCUUAAUGAUAUGACCAAAUCUUUGAGGUUGAUGGCAGCUUUGCUUGAUGAUGGCAGGGAUGGGGAUGGACUGAUGAAGGCUGCUAGGGAUCUUACUGCAGCUAUCCAAGAUCUUCUGAAAGCAGCUCAACCCAACAGCGAAGAACCAAGGCAGAAUCUUCUCGGAGCAGCUGGAAAGAUCGGAGAUGCAAGUCAUGAUAUCCUCAAAUACAUCGGGGAGGGAGGAGAUGAUGAGUUUCAGGACAUUCUGAUGAACUUGGCUAAAAAGGUAGCAAACGCAACGGCAGCACUUGUGUUGAAAGGAAAGACAGUUGCAAGUCAAUCCAACGAUCAGCAAGUACAAAACCAAGUGAUUGCUAGCGCCACCCAAUGUGCGUUAUCCACUUCACAACUAGUUGCGUGCACAAAGGUUGUGGGUCCUACCAUUAGCAACCCAUCAUGUAAAGAACAACUGAUUGACGCCGCACGUGAGGUCUCACAGUCGGUUGAAGGAUGCUUGGAAUCAACACAGAUUGCCACCGGGGAUCCAGAUUUGCUUCGGGCACUUGGAGAUGCUGCAUCUAAUGUUACCCAAGCUCUUAAUGAUCUGAUCAACCAUAUUAAAAUGGGCUCAGAGGUCAAGGAUGGUAAAUAUGAUGACCAAUGUGAGGCUAUAUUAAAUGCAACUGACAAGUUAUGCAACAGCAUGGGAAAUGCUGCGGUUAUGGCAAAGCAGGCCAGGUUGCUGGGACAAACAACCUCAGAUCUUGUGAACUUGCUCAGAUUGGAGGCAGAAGAUGCACAAGAUGAUGAUUGGAGGAAGUGGCUUCUCUCUACUGUGAAACUUGUUGCUGAUGCAACAGCAAAGAUGGUGGAAGCUGCAAAGGGAACAGCAAGCAACCCGCAUGACUCCCAGCAGCAACAGAAACUUAAACUUGCUGCUGAAAACCUUCGGGCAGCCACCAACGCUGCCACACAGAAUGCUCUGCGCAAGAAACUUGUUCGUAGACUGGAACAAGCAGCCAGUCAAGCAGCAGUUGCUGCCACACAGACCAUUGCAGCAGCCAACGCCGCAGAACCACACAACACAAAUAAAACAAGCCAAAAUCAACUGCUUACACACAGCAAGACACUGCAGAGUGAUCACAUUCCCAAGUUACUGCAAGGAAUACAUGGAGCAUAUGAGGACUUGGAGAAUCCAACAGUGCAACAGAAUCUCAUCACUGCUUCAAAUGAAUUUAUCCCACCUGCAACAAAAAUGGUUGCAUAUUCAAAGGCAGUCGUGCCAACAGUAAGUGAGAAAUCCACAGCUCUUCAACUGGCUAACUGCACCAAGAAACUUGCACUGGCUGUUGCUGAACUCAAAACUGCAGCUGUCAAGGCUGGAGAGGUUUGUGGAGCAAGUGGAAUUGAUGCGGCUUUAGAAACAGUGACAGCACUCGACCGCCAACUGUCAGUCUACUGUGCUGAUGCCAAGAAUGGAGAGUUACAACCCCUCCCAGGUCAAACCAUGCAAUCUUGUGCACAGGAAUUGGGAGCAACCUCAAAAGCUGUGGGAUCUUCUAUGGCUCAACUACUUACUGCUGCUGCUCAGGGUAAUGAAGACUACACAGGAAUGGCUGCACGAAAUACAGCAAAUGCACUGCGAACAUUAGUCGGAGCUGCACGAGGUGUCUCAGCCAACCUGCCUGACCUAGAAUCACAACUAAACCUACUGGAGACAUGUCGGGAUGUGAUGGAUAAGUCCGUGAAUCUGAUGCAGGAGGCAAAGUUGGCUGUGGAGGAUCCAGAAAACCCGGAGAAUAGACAGCGCCUCGCUCAGGUUGCCAAGGCAGUUUCCCAUGCAUUGAACAACUGCAUUAAUUGUCUUCCUGGUCAAAGAGAUGUUGAUGAGGCUCUUAAAAAUAUCGCAGAGAGCAGCAAACGUCUCCUCUCUAACCAAUUUCCAGUCACCAACUCAAACUUCCAAACUGCCCAAGCACAACUGAAUAAGACAGCUGAGGAAUUAAACAUUGCAGCAAAUGACUUGGUCGGUGCAUCGCGCGGAACUCCAUCCGAACUUGCAGCAUCAAGUUGUAACUACAACGAUCGCUUUACAGAAUUACUGGAUGCCGGAAUGAACGUGGCUGGCCAGUCCCGGGACAAAGAAGAUCAGAAUCAUGUGGUUGGAAACUUAAAAAGUAUCUCCAUGGCAUCCAGCAAGCUUCUUCUUGCAGCCAAAGCUCUUUCUGCAGAUCCAGGAGCUCCUAAUGCAAAGAACCAACUAUCAGCUGCUGCCAGAGCGGUGACCGAAAGUAUAAACAACCUGAUCACACAUUGCACUGAGACUGCACCUGGACAGAAAGAAUGUGAUAAUGCUUUAAGACAACUCAAGACUGUAAAAGAAAUGCUUGAAAAUCCCAACGAGCCGGUGAAUGACUUUUCGUACUUCGAUUGCCUUGAAAGUGUGAUGGACAACUCAAAGAUGCUCGGUGAAUCAAUGAGUGGAAUCACCCAACAUGCAAGAGCAAGCGAGCUUGAGAGCUUUGGAGAAGCAGUCACUGCCACACAGAAAUCCCUCAUUGGACUUACCGAGGCUGCAGCUCAGGCAGCAUACUUAGUUGGCAUAGCAGAUCCUAACAGUGAAGCUGGCACUCAAGGUCUGGUUGAUCAGACUCAAUUUGCACGAGCCAAUCAAGCUAUUCAGAUGGCUUGUCAAAGUUUGCUUGAUCCAUCUAGCAACCAGCCACAGGUAUUGUCAGCUGCCACUAUUGUAGCAAAAUACACCUCCGCGUUAUGCAAUGUGUGCAGAGUGGCAUCCAACAAAACUACAAAUGCUGUGGCUCGCAAACAUUUUGUGCAAUCUGCCAAGGAAGUUGCUCAUGCUACUGCUAAUCUGGUCAGGACUAUUAAGGCAUUGGACGGAAACUUCUCAGAAGAAAAUCGCGCAAACUGCUCACAAGCAACCAAACCAUUGAUAGAUGCAGUGGAAAGCCUUACCACUUUCGCUUCCAACCCUGAGUUUGCAAGCGUCCCUGCCAAGAUCAGUGAUGAGGCACGUGAAGCACAACGUCCGAUCAUUGAAUCCGGGAAACAAAUGUUACAAAGCUCAUGUGAUUUGAUAAAAACUGCACGAAAGUUGGCGAAUAAUCCUAAAGAUCCUCCAACAUGGCAAGUAAUGGCCGGCCAUUCAAGAGUGGUCUCGGAUUCCAUCAAAAAACUCAUCGCAAAUAUCAGAGACAACGCACCAGGACAGAAGGAAUGUGAUGAAGCAAUUGAUCGAAUCAAUGAAUCAAUCCAACAAUUCAACGACGCUGCAUUAUCUGCUAUGGAUCAGAGUCUUCCUGCCCGUGACGACAACUCACUCAAUGGAUUCCAAGCCAUGGUUGUGGACACAGUGAACCAGAUCAGUCAGUGUGUUGAUCCGCUUUCAAAUGCUGCAAAGCAAGAUGCUGCCCAACUUGGAAGACAGGUGGCACAGAUGGCAAGUUAUUUCGAACCACUUGCUCACGCUACCAUUGGAGCUGCUGCGAAUUCUGUCAAUCACCAGCGACAAAUGGACAUUCUAGAUUACAGCAAGACACUUGCUGAGUCAGCACUUCAGCUCAUGUUUGCUGCCAAGGAAGGUGGCGGAAAUCCUAAAGACCCACAACUGCACAUGCACAAUAACAUGAGUGGGGAGUUUGUACACCACGAUCCGCACAGGAUGCCGCCGAUGCAGUUACCAUCUCGUGGACACAAGAAGGCGGACAACACACAUGAGGCAAUAGACGAGGCGUCAGCAUCGAUGAAGGAGGCAAUUGAGGAUCUUCUUAAAUCGGUCCAAGAAGCUCCAGAAGCUCUUGUCUCUGGAAUGGUGGAUACAAUUAGCUCAGCUACUGCUAUUCUACACAGCAAUGUGCAAGCAAAUGAGGAUGACACAUUCGCCGAUUACCAAACCUCCAUCAUGAAACACUGCAGAGCAAUAGUGGUGACCAGUAGUGACAUGAGCAUGGCUAUGAACAAUCGUCCAGAUGAACUGGCAACACUGGCAAAGAAGGUCACGGAAGAAUACUCAGCGCUUGCUUCAGAAGGAGCAGCUGCUGCUUCACUUGCUGAUUCCAACGAGGUUAGCAACCACAUAAAGAAGUCUAUACAAGAUCUUGGAGAUGCUUGCAAGGAGCUCGUUACUGCAUCAGGGAUGGUGCAGAGCAAUCCGAGAGACAUCCACGCAAAGAAAGAUCUCAAGGAUGCGGGGAAGAACAUCAAUGAGAAGGUAUCAUAUGUGAUGUCUUCAUUACAAGAAGGUGGUCGUGGCACACAAGCUUGCAUCAACGCACACACCAAGGUUCAAGGCAUCAUUGGUGACUUGGAUACAACACUCAUGUUUGUUACAUCUGGUGCUCUCAACCCAGAGUCUGACAACGAGUCAUUUGCUGAGCACAGAGAGAACAUUCUCUCCACUGCGAAGGCGCUUGUGGAGGACACCAAGCAACUGGUGGCAGGAGCAGCUGGAGGACAGGAAAAGCUUGCAGGAGCAGCACAAUCUGCAUCACAGACCAUCAGCAAACUUGCUGAUGUAGUGAAAAGUGGAGCAUCCAGCCUUGGAGCAGAUGAUCCAGACACUCAGGUGAUCCUAAUCAACGCUGUGCGCGAUGUGGCAUCUGCACUGGCUGAUCUUAUUAAUUCAACUAAAGAUGCAGCUGGUAAAUCCACCUCAGAUCAAGCUAUGUUCCAUCUUAAAGCAUCAGCAAAGGCAAUGGUGACGAAUGUGACAUCUCUAUUGAAAACGGUCAAAUCAGUUGAAGAUGAAGCUGCUAAAGGACCUCGUGCAAUUGAACAAACCAUUAACUCCAUCAAACAGGAACUUAAAUCCCUGCAAUCUGUGGCUGGUGAAGAAAGAAGGGCCACGCCAGAGGAGCUCAUUCAAGUCACCAAGCCAAUCACCAAUGCCACCGCAAAAGCUGUGGCUGCUGGUAAAUUCUGUCGCCAGGAAGAUAUGAUUGUUUGUGCAAAUAUGGGAAGGAAAGCUGUUUUUGAUAUGAUUCAUAUCUGUCGUGCAUCAGCAGCCAACACGGAAGACCCAAUUCAGCAACAAGAUACUUUGAAAUUUGGCUCAGGUGUUGCUGAAGCCUAUGUUAACCUAUUAAGUAAUGUGUUGGCCACAAGCCACCAACCAAGUAACAAUGAUCUAAAAAAGAAUUUGGUCCCUCUUUCAAAGAGUGUUGCUACUGCAGUGAGCAACCUUGUGCGGUCUGGAGAAAGCAUGAAAGGUACAGACUGGGUUGAUCCAAAUGACCCGAACGUCAUCGCUGAACAAGAACUUCUUGCUGCUGCAUCCUCAAUCGAAGCUGCUGCCAAGAAACUUGCCCAACUACGACCACGCAAGAAGCCCAAGCAAGCGGACGAGAGCUUGAACUUUGAAGAACAGAUUUUGGAAGCCGCAAAAUCAAUCGCAACUGCAACCACAGCCCUUGUAAAAGCUGCAUCUGCUGCCCAGAAAGAACUUGUGUUGCAAGGAAAGGUCGGGUCUGUACCAGCCAUGCGUCAUGAUGAUGGACAGUGGUCCCAAGGCCUCAUUUCCGCAGCUCAGAUGGUGGCACGAGCAACCGGUAACUUGUGUGAAGCUGCAAACCAAGCCGUGCAGGGCGAAGCGAGCGAGGAAAAGCUUGUUACGUCAGCAAAGCAAGUGGCAUCCUCCACUGCCCAAUUACUGGUUGCUUGUAAAGUAAAGGCCGACCCUAACAGUGAAAACAUGAAGCGUUUGCAAAUUGCUGGCAAUGCAGUCAAGCACGCUUCAGAAGACCUCGUCAAAGCGGCGUCCGAAUCCGCUAACUCUGACGACGAAGUGGAGGUUGUCAUAAACUCACGACUGGUCGGAGGCAUUGCGCAGGAAAUGAUGGCGCAAGAAGAGAUUUUGCGCAAAGAGCGAGAACUACAAUCUGCAAGGCAGAAACUUGCGCAGAUUCGUCGGAUGCGUUACAAGGAUGAUUCUGAAUCCGAUUAAGCUGUGGAAACAUUUUAUAUCGCCCCAUUCCCACAGCUUCGCAUUUUGCUAGCAUUCGCUUCCGGCCAUCGUCCAAGGUCCAGCAAAAUUACAGUGUCUCGUAAAUUGUACAGCGCUGCUAAAGCCCGGCUUUAUGUUCCUGUUCUCCUGUAUAUAAGAUGAAAAACCCGUCUUGUCCGUGGCGACACCAUUAAGCUGCUGAGCCUCUAUAUAACGGUGUUUAAUUGUACAUAAGCAUUAUUUCUAGUUCGAUUAUUACACAACAGUCUAACAAAAUAUUCUAAAAAUACGCCGACGAGUGUAUUCUUUUUUCAGUCGUGUUGUCUAUUACUCCGAUAAAGCUUGGUGUUUAAAGCGACGAGAUUUUUCUCCGCUCACCCUUAUGAUUUCGCAAGUUGCUGUAUGUUUGUUCUCGCAAUUAACCUCCCUGCCUCGCCAAUGUCCACUAACAGAAAGUUAUUAUCCUGUAUAACAUUCUACGUAAAUCCCUGUAUCAUGAAUGCACAUUAGGCCCGACAAAAUUUCUCAUACGCAGAAUACAUCACUUUACUGAA